UGCCGCUGACAACCCGCAUUUUGAUUGUGAAGAGUCGCUCCGUUGCUAAGGAAAGCUUCAUGCUAGUUGGCGGUGCCUCUGCUGUUGGCAAUGUGCGCGGCUCCUAAAGAAGCAGCGAAAUCAAAAGACUGCCCAGCCGAGAAGUACCGUAACAAGCGAUGGGUUAAGGCAUUUGAGGCAUGUGAUGAAAACAACAAAGGAUACUUAAGCCGAGAAGACUAUAAAGUUGCUAUAGUGAUGCUUUUUGGCUAUAAACCCUCAAAGAUGGAAGCGGAUUCAGCUAUGGCCUCUAUGAAACAAAAUCCAUUUGGAUUAUCACUUGAAGAAUUUUUAAAUCUUAUGACAACAAAGAAAGUUGCACACUUUUGCCAUAGUGAAAUAAGACGGAUAUUCAUGUCUUUUGACAGACAAUGUAAAGGUUUUUUAUCUUUUGAAGAUUUCAAAAAAGCUUUCAGUAUUGUUGCGCCAAAGUUACCAGAAAGGAUCAUUGUUGAAGCAUUCAGAAAUUUGUCUCAUCUUACCUGAAGUGCUAUUUGUUAUAAACUUGCAAAAGAACUACCGUUUCCAAAAGCUGCAAAACAUUUUUCUUCAGCCUUAGCAAAUCUACACAGGAUCCGAGGAAACAAAGCAGUCCUGUCCUUUCAAACUUCCAUGACAUGUAUUGAUUUUCUUUAAUUACUUCUUUAGUUUUGGUUCCUCUUCCUCAAUAUUUAUGCAAAAUUAAUUGAUACAGCUGAUGAAUUGCAUGGACAUGAAAAAAGAAAAACAAUGAAAAACUGCUUAAUUAAAUGAAAAACCCACUUUGUUUGAACACUUCAUUCCCAGAGUUCUGAUAUGCCCAUUACAGGCCAACCACAAUCUGGACAAACUAAAUCCAGUUUUCCUAUUCUGAGUUCAGAUAAUCUGGAAGUGGGAUUGGUUCUGGGUGUUCUGUAAAGAGGAAACAAUGGGAUUCAGAACAGUCUUGCCUGCAAAACCUGAAUAGCCAGUAGGGUACAGUAAUAAUAGCAAAGAGCUAAGAAAACUCUUGACAG